CGGGGCCGGCGCCAUGGCCGAGCGGGGCCGCCUCGGCCUGCCCGGCGCGCCCGGAGCGCUCAACACCCCGGUGCCCAUGAACCUGUUCGCCACCUGGGAGGUGGACGGCUCCAGCCCCAGCUGCGUGCCCAGGUUAUGUAGCCUGACCCUGAAGAAACUGGCAGUGCUCCGGGAGCUGGAGAAGGAGCUCCUGUCCGUGGUGAUUGCUGUCAAGAUGCAGGGUUCCAAGCGUGUCCUGAGAUCACACGAGAUUGUGCUGCCUCCCAGUGGACAGGUGGAGACUGACCUGGCUCUGACCUUCUCUCUCCAGUACCCCCACUUCCUGAAGAGAGAAGGCAACAAGCUCCAGAUCAUGCUGCAGCGCAGAAAGCGGUACAAGAACAGAACAAUCCUGGGCUAUAAAACGCUGGCUGCAGGCUCUAUCAACAUGGCUGAGGUAAUGCAGCACCCCUCCGAGGGUGGCCAGGUGCUGAGCCUCUGCAGCAGCAUCAAAGAGGCCUCUGUCAAGGUGGCUGAGAUCUGGAUCGUCUCCCUGUCCAGCCAGCCCAUCGACCAUGAGGACAGUGCAAUGCAGGCUGGCCCCAAGGCCAAAUCCACAGAUAACUACUCUGAGGAGGAGUAUGAGAGCUUUUCCUCUGAGCAAGAAGCCAGUGAUGAUGCUGUACAAGGGCAGGAUCUUGAUGAGGAUGACUUUGAUGUGGGAAAACCCAAGAAGCAGCGGCGCUCGAUAGUAAGAACGACGUCCAUGACCAGGCAACAGAACUUCAAGCAGAAGGUGGUGGCGCUACUGCGCAGGUUUAAAGUGUCAGAGGAGGUCCUAGAUUCGGAGCAGGACCCUGCAGAACAUGUUCCUGAGGUGGAGGAGGACCUGGAUCUUCUGUAUGACACACUGGACGUGGAGAACCCCAGUGACAGUGGCCCUGACAUGGACGAUGAUGACAGUGUCCUUAGCACCCCCAAGCCCAAGCUAAGGCCAUACUUCGAAGGCCUGUCACACUCCAGCUCACAGACAGAGAUAGGGAGCAUCCACAGUGCCCGGAGCCAUAGGGAGCCUCCAAGCCCGGCUGAUGUCCCUGAGAAGAUGAGAUCCCUGGGAGGCCAGCAGCCAAGUGACAGCGUCUCUGACACGGUAGCCCUUAGUUCACCAGCCCCUCGGGAGCCAUCAGGGCAACCUGAUGAUAGUCCAGAGGCUGAGACGUCUACCCUGGAUGUGUUCACUGAGAAGCUGCCACCCAGCGGAAGAAUCACCAAGACUGAGUCUCUUGUCAUCCCCUCCACCAGCAGGUCAGAGGCAAAGCCAGCUGGCCGCCGGGGCCGGAGCACAUCCCUGAAGGAGCGGCAGCCAGCUCGACCGCAGAAUGAGCGGGCCAACAGCCUGGACAAUGAGCGCUGUCCAGACACCAGGAGCCAGCUGCAGAUUCCCAGGAAAACUGUGUAUGACCAACUGAACCACAUCCUCAUCUCUGAUGACCAACUCCCCGAGAAUAUCAUUCUUGUCAACACCUCUGACUGGCAGGGACAGUUCCUCUCAGAUGUCCUACAGAAGCAUACACUUCCUGUGGUAUGCACAUGCUCUGCUGCUGAUGUGCAGGCUGCCUUUAGCACCAUUGUCUCUCGGAUACAGCGAUACUGCAACUGCAAUUCUCAGCCACCAACCCCUGUGAAGAUCGCGGUGGCGGGAGCACAGCAUUACCUCAGCGCCAUCCUGCGGCUCUUCGUGGAGCAGCUGUCUCACAAGACUCCUGACUGGCUCGGCUACAUGCGCUUCCUCAUCAUCCCCCUGGGCUCCCACCCUGUGGCCAGGUACCUGGGCUCUGUGGACUACCGCUACAACAACUUCUUCCAGGAUCUGGCCUGGAGAGACCUGUUCAACAAGCUGGAAGCCCAGAGCAGUGUGCAGGACACACCAGACGUCGUGUCACGCAUCACCCAGUACAUCUCAGGAGCCAACUGUGCUCACCAGCUGCCCAUCGCAGAGGCUAUGCUGACCUACAGGCAGAAGAGCCCUGAUGAAGAAUCCUCUCAGAGGUUCAUUCCCUUUGUUGGGGUUGUGAAGGUUGGAAUUGUGGAGCCAUCUUCAGCCACAUCAGGAGACUCAGACGAUGCAGCCCCCUCGGGCUCCAGUGUGCUGUCUUCUACACCACCGUCUGUGUCUACAUCUCCUGCGGCCAAGGAGGCUUCACCUACUCCACCCUCCUCCCCUUCAGUGAGCGGAGGCCUAUCCUCCCCCAGCCAGGGCAUCGGCGCCGAGCUCAUGGGACUGCAGGUGGACUACUGGACGGCAGCACAGCCUGCGGACAGGAAGAGAGAUGCCGAGAAGAAGGACUUGCCCACCACCAAAAACACGCUCAAGUGCACUUUCCGGUCCCUCCAGGUCAGCAGGCUGCCCAGCAGUGGCGAGGCUGCAGCCACACCCACCAUGUCCAUGACUGUGGUCACCAAGGAGAAGAACAAGAAGGUGAUGUUUUUGCCCAAGAAAACCAAGGACAAGGAUGUGGAAUCUAAAAGCCAGUGCAUCGAAGGCAUCAGCCGGCUGAUCUGCACAGCUAAGCACCAACAGAACAUGCUUCGGGUCCUCAUCGAUGGCGUGGAAUGCAGCGAUGUCAAGUUCUUCCAGCUGGCUGCCCAGUGGUCUUCCCAUGUGAAGCACUUCCCUAUCUGCAUCUUUGGACACUCCAAGGCCACCUUCUAGCCCUAUCCAUGGAAGGGCUGACACAGGACAGUGGAGGGGCCCAUGUCCUGCUCUGUGUCAGCUAUCAAUGGAGGGACACUGUGUUUCUGUUAACAUGUGGUUACUUCAGAGACAGACUCUUCAAAACACAAAGAAACAGUCUUAAGUAUGAAUGUGCUCACAGCCCAGAAACUAAGGGGAAGCUAGCUCCCUGUGGGCCACCGAGUAACUUUGCUCUGCUUAUUAACCAGAAUAUGUGGGCAGUGGAAAGGCUGGUAAGAAGGGAGGUGAGCUCUGGUCUCAUGAAACCCCAGGACCAUAAGCAAGAAGUGUUCUUGUCUUUGUGUCCUGUCCUUCCCUGAAGUCAGGAUUCUGCUUUCUUGGGGAGUAGGGAGCAGGGUACAGGCUUUGGAGUUUAGUGGCCAAAAGCUGAGGGUAAAGGGCAUGUUUGGUCUCCUAGCAUGGGAUGUCAGCCCCUAGCACCCCCAUGUGUGGUUCCCAAUAAACUCCAGCCUCAUGGCGGAGGUUUUACAGUA